AUGACUGACGCAUUCGCAUUCACAUAUCCCUCCCCGCUUGAGGGCUACGAAAACCUCGAGCCACUGUCGGAUGAGCGGAAUGAAGACGGAAAGUCCUUCAAGAACCCGCAACAUGGGAUACUAAGUAAAGCAUAUGAGGAAUUCCCUGAUCCUCUUGCAAAAGGAGGUCGUGGGGGCUUCGACAUUCAUAUCUACCACUUCCAGAAUAACCCAGACCAAGUCGCUUACGCUAGAGCUCUAUGGGAGAGAAUCAGGCGAGAAUUUCCCGAGCUUCGCAUCUACACCUUCUACGACAAGCCACUCGGGCCUCAUCCAGUCGCCAUGUUCGAAGUCAAUGUUUUCACGCCCGCUCAGUUUGGCGCUUUCGUGCCCUGGCUCAUAAUCAAUCGGGGGCCAUUAAGUGCCCUGGUUCAUCCGAACACGAUAAACUCGGAGGAGGAACGGAAUCAUACGCAGCGUGCCACAUGGCUGGGAGAUAGGAUUCCGUUGGACCUUCGGGUGUUCAAGUUGAUGAAAGAGGCAGAGAAGAAGAGGGCGCUGGAAGCUGAGCAGAAUGCGGGAAAGUCAUGA